AUGAAAUCCCGAUCAGUGCUGCGUUGGUUUUCAGCGUGACCAAGGUUCCCUGAAUUUUGUAGAAAGCCGUGAUAAUGGCUCACCACAACAGCGCCAUUGGAAAUGAUUUCUCUGACAGCAGCGUGCACGCGGACGUCAAGGAUUAUUAUGGGAAGAGGCUCCAGAAGACGUCGGACCUGAAGACAGGCGCCUGCGUGGCUCCAGCUCAGCCUCUCCCAGCCUUCAUACGGGAAGCCCUGAAGAAAGUACACCCUGAAGUCUCUGACAAAUACUACGGGUGUGGUCUGGUGGUGCCAGAGUCCUUGGAGGGCUGCAGGAUUCUGGACCUGGGCUGUGGGAGUGGAAGGGACUGCUACAUGUUAAGUUCGCUAGUUGGGGAAAAAGGUCAUGUCACUGGCAUUGACAUGACUGAGGCCCAGCUUGAAGUGGCCAGAAAAUACGUGGAUCACCACACCAAGGAGUUCGGCUACAAGAAGCCAAACGUGAGUUUUGUUCAGGGCUACAUCGAGGCCUUAUCUGCGGCGGGUCUGGAAAAAAACUCGUUUGACAUCAUCAUCUCCAACUGCGUAGUGAACCUCUCCCCAGACAAGAAGCGGGUUCUGGUGGAAGCAUACAAUGCACUCAAGGAUGGGGGUGAGCUGUACUUCAGUGACAUCUACUCCAGUGGAAGACUGACCGAGGAAAUUAAAAACCACAAAGUGCUGUGGGGUGAAUGUCUGGCUGGAGCGCUGUGGUGGAAGGAUCUGCUGCAGCUGGCCGAGGAGGUGGGCUUCAGUCAGCCACGGCUGGUCACGGCCACCGUCGUCCCAGUUGACAAUAAAGAGCUGCAGGACGUACUAGGUGACUUCAAGUUUGUUUCUGCCACGUACCGCCUGUUCAAAGUCCCUAAAGGCAAAGCCAAGACCUGCCAGGUCAUAUAUAAUGGAGGCAUCACUGGGGCAGAGGACAUCUUCCAGUUUGACUGUCUCUACACCUUUAAGACCAAUGAAGUGGCGCAGGUGGACGGAGAAGUAGCUUGCAUCCUGACGCAUUCCAGAUUUGCAGAAGACUUCACUUUCCAACCACCAGGGGGCUCCUGUGAGCCUUGUUGUGCCAAGCCUAAGACUGACACGGUGGAUCCUUUUGACCUGGCCUCUCGGUCGGGCACUCGAGGGGGAUGCUGCAGCACGAAAUCUGCUGACUGCUGCAAAUGAUCAUAGGACGAGCAUUGAGAAAUGCAGCAGCAUGGUACAUGCUGUGUGAUUGUCCUUUUUCAGUACGACUAAAAUCAGACGCUUCAGAUGAGUAAAGUAGUAAAAUUUCAAACUUUUUCUGUUCCAAAUGUGCCUUUACACAGUUUUCUAAGAGAAGAGAGAUGGCUGUGAAAGGCCACAUAUGGAUUUCUGUGUUUUUGUGGCUUUCCUUAAAUCACUUUCUCAAUUAAGGAUAAUGGAAGAAUAAGAAGAAAUGUGACCACAAAAGAACUUGCUAUCCUUCACAGAUAACACCAGUGAAGGUUUUUUGUGUUUUUACGCAUGUUAGCAAUUCUUUUUAAUCAACAGGCUCGAAUGCCAUAAUGUCUACUUAACCUUCAUAAAAUGAAGCUCUAGUUUCUGCAACCAUUCAAGUUCUGAGGUGAUUUACAGAACUGUACUUGUUGACAUUUCACUGUAACAUGUACUCUUUGUGUAGGUGAAUAAAUAUUGUGCAUCUUCA